AUGACUGUGAAAACACCUGGAACACCAGCCUCAAAGAUAGAUAGGACACCAGUUUCAACUCCUGGAGGGCCGAGAGCUCGGGAGGAUAAGAUUGUGGUUACGGUAAGGUUAAGGCCUUUAAACAGAAGGGAACAAUUGGCUAAAGACCAGGUGGCAUGGGAUUGCAUUGAUGAUUAUACUAUUGUGUAUAAACCGCCGCAACAUGAACGUGCUACUCAGCCGGCAUCCUUUACUUUUGACAAAGUUUUUGGUCCGGCUUCUAUUACCGAGGCAGUGUACGAAGAAGGAGUAAAGAAUGUCGCAUUGUCUGCACUGAUGGGGAUCAAUGCUACUGUCUUUGCUUAUGGACAAACUAGUAGUGGAAAGACAUACACAAUGAGAGGAAUCACAGAGAAGGCGGUCAAUGACAUUUAUAACCAUAUAAUGAAGAAUCCUGAAAGAAAUUUCACUAUAAAAAUAUCUGGACUAGAAAUAUACAAUGAGAAUGUACGGGACUUGUUAAAUUCAGAACCCGGUCGAAGUUUGAAGCUUUUAGAUGAUCCCGAGAAAGGUACUGUGGUUGAGAAAUUGGUGGAAGAAACGGCAAAGGAUGACAAACACUUGAGACAUUUGAUUUCCAUUUGUGAAGCUCAAAGACAGGUGGGCGAAACUGCUCUGAAUGAUAACAGCUCGAGGUCUCACCAGAUAAUAAGACUGACAAUUCAAAGCACUCUUCGUGAAGAAGCAGAUUGUGUGAAAUCUUUUGUUGCGACCCUGAACUUUGUUGAUCUGGCUGGAAGUGAGAGGGCUGCACAGACACAUGCAGAUGGCACGAGGCUCAAAGAAGGCUGCCAUAUUAAUCUUAGCCUUAUGACCCUAACAACUGUUAUCAGGAAGCUCAGUGUGGGGAAAAAAAGUGGUCAUAUACCUUAUAGAGAUUCAAAGCUCACGCGUAUUUUGCAACAUUCCCUUGGUGGAAAUGCACGCACGGCCAUUAUAUGUACCUUGAGUCCAGCAUUAACCCAUGUAGAGCAAUCGCGAAAUACCCUCUACUUUGCUACUCGGGCUAAAGAAGUUACAAAUAAUGCUCAAGUAAACAUGGUGGUACCAGAAAAGCAGCUUGUUAAACAUUUGCAAAAGGAAGUGGCGAGGCUGGAAGCUGUGCUUCGCACUCCUGAUCCAUCUAAAGAAAAGGAUUGGAAAAUUCAACAGAUGGAAAUGGAAAUUGAAGAGCUGAAACGUCAAAGAGAUCAAGCACAAACUCAAGUCAACGAGUUACGAAGAAAGCUUCAAGAAGACCAGCAGGUUUCAAAGCCACUUGAACCAGCACAUUCUUCAGUGAAGAAGUGUCUAUCUUUCACUGGUGCAUUAUCAUCACCAAAAUCAGGGCUAGGGUGUGAGAGAGUGAGAAACACGUCAUUAAGACAGUCCAUGAGGCAAUCAUCCACUGCUCCUUUUGCCCUUAUGCAUGAAAUUCGCAAACUUGAGCACCUCCAGGAGCAGCUAGGCGAAGAAGCCAACAGAGCUUUGGAAGUAUUACAAAAAGAAGUGGCAUGUCAUAGGUUAGGUAACCAAGAUGCAGCUGAGACAAUUGCAAAGCUGCAAUCAGAAAUAAGGGAAAUGCGUUCUGUUAAGCCAGUAGCACCUAAAGCAGUUGUAGUUGGAAGCAUGGUUUCUGUCAAUAAAAGUGUUAGUGCUAAUCUAAAGGAAGAGAUUACCCGUCUUCAUUCACAAGGAAGCACCAUUGCAAAUCUUGAGCAGCAGCUUGAGAAUGUGCAAAAGUCUAUAGACAAGUUGGUCAUGUCUCUUCCUAACAAUUUUCAAACUUUAGUAACCAAUGAAGCAUCCCCCAACCAUAAAAAGGAACAUAAAAGGAAAAAGCUGCUUCCUUUAUGUUCAAGUAACUCUGCUAAUCGCCCGAACUUUAUUAGAUCUCCCUGCUCACCAUUAUCUACUACUCAACAAGUUUUGGAAUCCGAUAUUGAAAAUAAAGCCCCUGAGAAUGAUGACAACAAUUCAACAGGAAUUCAUCCCGACUCCGAGAAGGAUACUCCCUCCAAAAAUGAGGAAGCAGGAGACGUUACAUCAAAGGAAAAUACUCCAGGUUACCGUCGCUCUAGUUCAGUUAACAUGAAGAAAAUGCAGAAAAUGUUUCAAAAUGCAGCAGAGGAGAAUGUAAGAAGUAUAAGAGCAUAUGUGACAGAAUUGAAAGAACGCGUGGCCAAGCUGCAGUACCAAAAGCAGUUACUUGUUUGCCAGGUACUUGAGCUUGAGGCAAAUGAAGCUAGUGGCCAGAACAUAGAAGAUGAAAUGGACAUGGGUGAACCAGAGGAACCUCAAGUUUUGUGGCAAGUAACAUUUAAAGAACAACGGAAGCUGAUCCUUGAAUUAUGGGAUGCAUGUUAUGUCUCCAUUAUUCACAGGACCCAGUUCUAUUUGCUAUUCAAGGGAGAUCCAGCUGAUCAAAUAUAUGUAGAAGUUGAACUAAGGCGUUUGACUUGGUUGCAACAACACCUAGCUGAACUUGGGAAUGCAAGUCCAGCUCCUAAUGUUGGAGGCGAUGAACCAACUAUCUCACUCUCAUCAAGUAUGAGAGCAUUGAAAAGAGAACGAGAAUUUCUCGCCAAGAGAUUGAUAUCACGUUUGAUGCCAGAAGAGAGGGAGACACUAUACAUGAAAUGGGAUGUCCCUCUUGAAGGGAAGCAGAGAAAGAUGCAAUUUAUCAACAAGCUAUGGACAGAUCCUCAUGAUCAAAGACAUGUAGAAGAAAGUGCUGAAAUUGUUGCAAAGCUGGUUGGUUUCUGCACAGGAGGUAACAUGUCUAAGGAAAUGUUUGAGCUGAAUUUUGUGCUUCCUUCCGACAAGAGGCCGUGGUUAAUGGGCUGGAACCAUUUGACAAACUUACUUAAUUUGUAA